AGUGGAUACCCUCUCAACCCGCGAACUUCCAUCAGAAAAUGUCACGAUUUGGGGCGCACAAAAGUAACACUACUUCAUUUAAGGGCAUCAUCUAAAGCGUUCAUAUUUCCCUAACAAAUUUCCUACUUCGGGCAUAUAAAAAUAUGUCAAAUAUAAAGCGACAACUGAAAUGUAAAUAUUGAGAAAACUGUAAACAAAGAGACAAAGAAAAAAAAAAACCCAUAAGAAGCAAAUCAAACCGCCAAAGAUCUUUCAUUCGGUUUAUACGUCUGAUCAACAUUUGUACGAAAGCAACAACAGCGCCCCCUUGGUCCUCCCUGAGUAUCUGAGUUUGGCAUCCGACAGGAAGGGGAGGGCUGUGUCGGCUAUUCAAGUAUUGCCGGAGCGGUGCGGUGGAGAAAGGCUGUGAACUAGGCAGUGUAUGCUUCAGUGAAGUGCCUAGGAUGGACAGGAUGACAGCACCGGGAAUGGAAAGCAAAAAACUGAUUUCUGCUACAGAUACCCAGCAUGCAGGAAUAUUGCUAAAAGCUUUAAAUGAACAGCGUGCCCUUGGAUUAUUCUGUGACAUCACCCUUAUUGUGGAGGACAAAAAGUUUCGGGCACAUAGGAGUGUUCUGUCUGCAUCUAGCACAUACUUCCAUCAACUUUUCUCUGUAGCAGGGCAGGUCGUGGAGCUAAACUUCGUAAGAGCAGAGAUCUUUGCAGAAAUACUUGGUUAUAUUUAUAGUUCAAAACUUGUGCGUGUGAAGGCAGAUUUGCUGGAGGAAUUAAUCAAGGCAGGGCAGUUGCUGGGUGUCAGAUUUAUAGCUGACUUGGGAGUUCCCCUGUCACAAGUGAAAAGCAUGGCUAGGGAAGGAAAAGAUACAUCUGAACCAUUAACUUCAAAGCCAGAGGGCAGCAGUCCAGACACGAGCAAAGCUUCUGCCGGCCAGGAUACAAAAAAUGUAAUUUCUCAAGUCAGUGCUGAAGAGAUGCCUAUUAUAACAGAUGCCUUUUCCUUGUCUGGGAACGGUUUCAAAAAUUCUAAACAAAGCAGCAAUUCACAUGACUGUGAGGACAGUGAUGAUGAUGAUGUAAUUUUUUGUUCAGAACUUACACCGACCAAGCACUCUUCCCUUGCUGCUAGUAAUACAAUGUUGGAAACCCUUUCCACUCCAAAUUCAGCUGAAGAUUUUGAGAAGAAAGUAGUCAGCACAGGUCUGACAAAUCCUCCUUUGCAAGUUUGCCAAAGCUCCAAUGGUUUUGUCCAGCAUAGUUCAUUAAAUGUGUUAGGAGUUCAGAAACAAACAACCCCAGACUUUAACCAGUCAAGUUCUUGUCAGAUAAACAACACUGAACCUUGUCCUAGUUCUUCCAGUAGUAUUUUACAAGAACAGACUUUAUCACAAUCCAUUUUGUAUACUAAUACUACUACCCCAGUUAAUCAUUCAGUUUUGCCUGGUAACCUCAAUACAGUAAUGCAAAGUCCACAUCCACCUAAUAGUAACCAUUUGUCACCUUCUUUAGUUGGGGCUUCUAGCAGUCUUGCAUCCACUCCAGUUUUAUUAAGUAACUCUUCAAGUCAGCAGAAAGUCCCCCAAAGUCAUUCACUGCCUGGUAGAGUAAGGAUUCAAAAGAAGCCAAAGAUAACAUUCUUGCAGCACUCUUCUCAUCCAGGAGAAUUUAAAAUCAGAAUCUCUGGUGUUGGCAGUAACUCUGUGGAAGCAUCUGAUGCAAAACAGGCAAUGGAUGGGAAAAAAGUAAUUACUUUGGAUAAAGGUAGUGAAAUAGGAGCGUUGUCUACAAGUUGCAAAGUCUAUGCAAAUAUUGGUGAAAAUACAUAUGAUAUAGUAAUUCCAGUCAAAGAUGACCCUGAUGAACAAGAUACCUCAAGAAAUUCUGCUGACUCUCCUACCAGAAAACGAUUAAAAUUAAAACAUGAUGACCAUUAUGAGCUUGUGGUUGAUGGACGUGUUUAUUACAUCUGUGUUGUGUGUAAGCGGUCUUAUGUAUGUUUGACCAGUUUGAAGAGGCAUUUCAAUGUUCAUUCCUGGGAAAAAAAGUAUCCUUGCCAUUACUGUGACCGAGUGUUUCCUCUUGCAGAGUAUCGCACAAAGCAUGAAAUUCAUCAUACAGGUGAACGUAGGUAUCAGUGCUUAACCUGCAAUGAGUCAUUUAUCAAUUAUCAGGUUAUGGCUUCACACAUUAGAUCUGCGCAUAGUCAGGACCCUACUGGAGAUAACAAACUUUACCGUUUGCAUCCAUGUAAGACCUUGCAGAUUAGACAGUAUUCUUAUGUUACAGAUGAUUCAUUCAGGGCUCCUGUGGAAAAUGACGCUGAAGCUGUAUACCAUAUUCAGGAUGACAAGAAUGCAGUUACAGUGGAGCAACCACAACCUAGUGUUCCAGACAAACAGCUGUCUUGGGAUGACAUCUUCAUUCAGCAGGGAAACCAGGCAGUUUAUAGACAUAAUUCCACAGAAAACCGUUCUGAGUUUGAGUUUGUUAUUCCAGAAUCUUACUGAACUGUUCAGAAGCAUGAGUAAUCUUAUAAAAAGGGAAGUAUUAGUGAGCGUGUUUUUCCCACAAUGUAUUAAUUCUGUCAUGGUUAAGACAAGUUUUUAUGAUUUUUCUAAUCUGGAUUGGUGUAUGCAAUCCAUUGUUUUGUGAGAAAUUUUAGUCACAUGCAGGAGCAUUUGGGGCAUUUUCUCCACUGGUACACCUGAACAUGAGUGAAUGAAGAGUAAUUCCUUUUGUAGAUUAAGUUGCUGUUUUUAUAGGGAAAAUUCUUGAUACAUUUUAGUCAUUUUUUUAAUUUUUAUAUUGUACAAUAAAAACCAUGACGUUUGCUUAGAAAAUAA